AUGUCUGCCCCUAACGCCAACAACCCCAACGAAGGCAUCGUCGGCCAGGCCGUCAACUCUGUCAAGAACGCCGCCACCUACGUCUCCGAGACCAUCCAGGGACAGUCCGCUGAGGCCUCCAAGGAGGGAAACAAGCAGCAGGCCAAGGGCAACGUCCCCGGCCAGGACUCCCUGACCGACCGUGCCUCCGGUGCUCUCAACGCUGCUGGUGACAAGAUCAACCAGGAGAAGCACGAGGGCUCCGCUGAGGCCAACAAGCGCUCCAUCUAA